AUGGUGGUGGACGAGUCGACGCUGGUCCACCUGCUGCUGGAGUCCCCCGCCGACCCCUUCACGCGGUGCCGUUUGGACCACGACUCCUGCAGUCGCCUGCCCCACCUUCAGGCCGACAUUCUUGCCUGGAGAAAAAGAAGCAGAGUCAUGCCUCAUGGAAUCAUUGAGUCCAUGGUUUUUACACUACUGGUUUUCCCGACCGUUUGUGUGUUCUUGGCUGGAGUGGAGACUUUCUUCUUGGUGGGUGAGGAGACUCUUGGUUGGGUUGAAGCAUCUUUGCUACAUCCAGCUACUGGGGCCUUUGAUGAUGUAGGGAUCAUCAUUUCUGCUUGGGAGGUCUUGGAGGCAACGGCAGGAUUAUGCAAACCUUUGAAAGGUAAAAAACCUUUCAAGUGUGACCAUUGUUCCAAAAAUUUCUUUGACCGCAGUACUAUAAUAAAACAUAUGCGCGUGCAUACUGGCGAGAAACCUUACGAGUGUCCAGAAUGUGGGGCAAGAUUCAGUCAACAAGGAACUCUGAAGAGUCACAAAAUGGUACAUUCAGGUGAAAAACCUUAUGGGUGUCUGGAGUGUGGGAAAAAAUUCUGUCAUCAAAAAAGUUUGAAGAACCACCUGAUGAUACAUUCUGGUGAAAAACCUUACGAGUGUCUAGAGUGUGGGACAAAAUUCCGUCAACAAGGAACUCUGAAGAGUCACCAGAUGGUUCAUUCAGGUGAAAAACCUUACGAGUGUCUAGAGUGUGGGAAAAAAUUCAGUCGUCAGAGAUAUUUAAAGAGUCACCAGAUGGUACAUUCAGGUGAAAAACUUUACGAGUGUUUAGAGUGUGGGAAAAAAUUAAGUCUUCAAAAAACUUUGAAGAGUCACAAGAUUGUACAUUCAGGUGAAACACCUUACAAGUGUACAGAGUGUGGAAAAAGAUUCAACCGUCUAGGAAAUAUGAAAAAACAUAAAAUGGUGCAUACAGUUAAAAACCUUUCAAGUGUGACCAUUUAA